AUGGUCAAUGUAUCCUUUAUAUUGUCUACACUUUUUUCGAACCUUAUCGCACCGGUGAUUCUGGAAAGAACAAGUAUUAAGACAACUCUUGUUUUGGGAUCAGCCUCGUUUGCGAUAUUUUGCGGGAGUUUCUUUCUCGUUCGAACAUGGAUUUACUUCGCUGCUUGUGUAAUUGCCGGAUUUGGAUUUUCUUUAUACUAUGUGGGUGCAGGAGCGUAUUCAGCAAAGCAUUCAACACAAGCAAAUUUCUCGCGAAAUGCGGCCAUCACUUGGAUGUGUGCCGGAUCAACAAUGAUCCCAAAUGCUCUCUUCAUGAUUGUUUCAGCCGAAUUCUCAAAAUCUCAAGUUGAAUCUGGGAAUGUGACACAAACCACACAAUCAAACGAAUACAGAGACUAUUCUGAUUUCGAAAUCCGUAUGUUAACAACUGGGACAAUUGUGACGGGAAUUGGAAGUGUUCUGUUAGCAUAUUUUCUACCAAAUAGAGUCAUUCCUGAUUCGAUUUAUUCAAAAAGAAAAGCUGCCGAGAAAACACUCAAAGGACAAUUGAAAACGAUCUGGUGGGCUUUAUGUCAAAAAGGAAUGGUGAAACUGAUUCCACUUCACGUUUUCACUGGUCUUUUCGCUGCUUAUUGGCUCUCGAUCUACACAACAACUAUUGCUUUCACUGCUUCAUUCUCUGAAUAUUCCAAUCUCAUUGCUUACAGUUGCAUGGCAUUCGCGAUUGGCGAAAUUCUACUCGGCUUUUGCAUCAGUUUCGCGAAUCGUCAUGUAAAAGACUUUGGUUUAUGGCCAGUCCUAUUCAUUACUUGUUCCUCUUUUAUGAUAUUGGCUAUAUUAUUGGUAUUGUUUGUCCCUCCAGAGUCUCCAAUGCAUCCCACCAAUGAGAAUUCCUUCUUUGAACCAAGUGUUGUGAUGGCUGUUGUAAUGGGUGGAUUGAAUGGAGUGGUUGAUGGGUCGAUGAAUAAUUGUCGGAUGGUUGCUUCAGCUAAAGCUCUGCCGUCGCACCCGGCCGUAGCCUUUUCGUUGGCAAAAUUCUAUCAGGCAGCCGCAUCAGCGGUAUUCUACUAUGUGAGCAGUCUAUUCACCAUUUAUCAACUCGUCAUCUUGUUGGCAACACCCUUAUUGAUAGGAGUUGGUGAAGAAGACGACGAAGAAGAGGAAGAGGAAGUGACAAUGGUCGACACACCCACUUACUCGUAUUCGACGCCACCACAAAAGGUUUAUCAAUUGGUGAAUGUGACCGAUAGAGACAUGCAUGCACCCGAUGUCACACUGUCAUCUCUACAACAAAGUGGUGGACCACGUCGAAAAAGAAUAGCCCUUGUUCCAACGACAACCCUUCAAACACUACAAUCUGUACAAUUAACAAAUGGAAUAAAUAAUCAAGACCCGUCCGUUUCUGGACGAUCAUCAAUAAGGAAUCGCAUUGGAGCUGAAGAAAUGGUUCUUGAUGAUGGAAUACAAGAGAGCACAAUUGUUAUCGACUAUACACCAACUUACAACGAUCCACAGGAUAUGAUCGAGAUCGAUCCAAAUGGAUCUCCCGGUCCACAGGAUAUGAUACUUGAGGGUGAUUCGCCCGGUAUAUCAACAAUGAUUAUUGGUGGUCAUCAGCACAUGGUUUCUGGAAGUAUUCUUCGACCUCGAUCUCCACCUCCAAGUCAUAUCGAUUAUGAACAGAAUGAUGCCCAAUACAAUGAUGAUCUUCGUUUCCAAACUCUCAUUACUUCAAAAUUAGUCUUGCUUGAUGAGCAGAGUAAAGCGGUAAUGAAGUUCCACAUUCAGCGUAUUCUAUACGAAGCUCGAUUUGGACCAGGUUCGGCGAGAUUGAUUCGUGAUGAAGAUCAAGAGCUCUCAGCCGAUGCACACACAGAAGCGACUCAAUCUGUUUCUCAUGAAUUGGUGCCGAAUGAUUCAAAUGAUUCCCAC